CCCACAAUUCCAUUCGACUGGAAGUUGUAUGUUGGCGCUAAGGAGUUGGACACGCAUACCGGAAGUGAAACGCAGAAAACAGCAGAAGUUUUGGUACACGCAUAUCUCCCUCUGUGGCUCAGUUUUUUUUGUUUCUUUUGGAAAUUGUCCGUUGUUUUUUAGGUCUGCAGUAUGAGUCUGCAGUGGACGGCGGUGGCGUCUUUCCUGUACGCCGAGGUGUUCUUCGUCUUGCUGCUCUGCGUGCCAUUCAUCUCCCCCAAACGAUGGCACAAAAUAUUCAAAUCUCGCCUGGUGGUCGCCAUUACGACGUACGGGAACACAGCCUUCAUUGUGAUCAUCUGCAUCCUCGUCUUCCUUCUGGUUGAUGCGUUCAGAGAAGUACGGAAGUACAGUGUGACCGACAAGCUGGAUCUCUCGAACAACCCCGUGGCAAUCGAGCACAUCCACAUGAAGCUGUUCAGAGCGCAGAGGAACGAGUACAUCGCUGGCUUCGCCCUGCUUCUCUGCCUGUUGCUGCGACGCUUGGUCAGCCUUCUUUCCCAGCAGGCCACACUCAUGGCCUCCAACCUGGCCUUCCAGAAACAAGCAGAGAGCGCGAGCGACGCCGCCCGGAAGUACAUGGAGGAGAACGAGAAGCUUCAGGAGAAACUGAGGGAUGCGGGAGUGGAGAUCCCGGAGGCGGGAGGCAAGGCUAAGAGCAGUGCAGAGGAGGAGAGCAAGGCCCUGAAGGAGGAGGUCAGGAGGCUGAAGGAUGAGCUCGAAGCCACCAAGAAAGCUCUUCAGAAGUCAGAUGGUGAUGUGAAGGCGAUGAAAAAGCAAGCGGAGAAUCUGACAGUGGAAUAUGAUCGUCUGCUGGAGGAGCACGCCAAAUUACAGGCAACGUUUGACUCGCAGCAUGAUAAGAAGUCGGACUGAUGGAGUUUACCCCACGCACCUGUCUGCCUCACCUCUUCCUCCCUGAAGCCAGGUCCACGCAUCACUUCCUGUUGCUGGAUUGUACCGUAGAGGAUUUAGGAGCAAUCCCAUCCUGUAUGCUUUCUGUCUAAUAACACUGCGUUCAGUGUGUCAUGCAUCACGUUGUCUUUUUAUUCUGUAUUUUUUUUUUCUCUGAUUUUUUUUUUUUUUUUUUUUUUUUGUAUGUAAAACAGUUACAGAUGGUUUUCUCUCCUGAAUGUAACCUUUUUUUUUUUUUUUUUGUCUUUGUUAAAUCUUCAUAUUUUUGAGUGAGUGUGUGGUUUGAUGGGAAAGCAGGAGGGUGGGGUCGAACUGGUUCUCAUAAUGUUUAAUAUUUUAUUAGAUGGACUAAGAAAUUCUUGUGGAUUAUUAUGUGGAUAAUCCUGUUCAGAUGGUAAAAUGAUAUAAUUGUGAUUGUUUGGCGAGAAAUAUUUUCCAGUUAUGUGAAAUUGUUUCAAGGUUUUCUCUUUUAGUUAUUUUUGCCUUAAAAGGAGACAAUUGAAUGAGUGCUUGUGUUGUAACUAAACGGUUGCGAGUUUGUGGAUUUUGGUGUUUGGUUUAGGUGUGGUUACAUUAUACACUUUCACUAAGCACUAAAGACUUUAUCUGUUUACUUUCACUUAUUCCACCAUUGUAUUUUUUCCCCUCUUUCUUGUUUCUCUUUCACCCUCCUCAAGCCUUCACUGCAGGAAAAUAAUCACCUCCAUUGUACUCUCUGAAGUGAUGGCUCUCUCUCCUCCAGAGAAGUAAUAGAAAUGCACAGUGGACUAGUUUAUUCCAGUCUAUGCUGGUUUCACUUGCUGUCUGUGAAGCAGGCAGAGCUGCGAUCGCAGCAACAGAGGCGGCUCAGAUCACAUUUCCAAACAUCGCCGCGUCUGUCGAGGUUUUUCAAGAGCGUUAACUGCUAGAGGUUUGUGAUGUAGGAGAGACAGAGCAUUUAGCGUCGUCCUCUUAAUGGCACCCAGUUUUACUUUCCCACUGCCUACUUUCAAUUUAGAGUCGCAGAUCAAUAGCCGUUGUUUGGCCUGGAUGACUCUAAAUGAUGGCGAAAGCAAUGCUCGGCUGCGUCACCCUGGCGGGCGUUGUAAAUAUAAAAGCAUGUACGAGAACUUGCACUUGGAAUGGCAGUCAGAGGGGUCGAGGCUUAGAAAGUCUUUCUCACCCAAAAUAUGCCUCUCUUGGGUUAAGAAAUCCUUUGCAUUAGCUCCAUUAGUCUCAUAAGAUCAUAGCAAAGUGAUGCUACUCUUUAAGUGGAGCUGAGGGGAUCACAAGGAUUAUGGGAUGUAUAUAUGUAAAGGUUAAAUAGUUCAUUGCUCUGUCCUCAUGGACUGUUUAACUCCAUGAAGUGUACGAGGAAUUUAAUCUUCUCCAUGACCACCAGACCACAGUUCAGGUUCUUCUAAGAAUGGCUGCGGGUGAAACAUUAACCUCACCGUGCCAGGCACUUAAUGUCCCUGUAUGUUUAAAGACUUGAGGCUAUAUUUGUGGCUGGUUAUGGUCACUUGUCACUCUUGGGGUAGUAGGUUUCUAUGGUGACAUUUUGGGUUUUAGUUGUGUGUGUCCAUUUGAUUGAAUGACUUCUCGCUGAUGUCUGUAAACUAGUUAAUGAAUACAUGGGUUUCCAACUUAAACCAGUUUAAUUCUAGUGCUUUGUUUUCUGUUUUUGUUUCUGCAUUUUCAAAAUGUAGCACUAGGACAUGUUAGCUAUUUUUUUGAAAUCAUACAAAAUACUCUGGCUGAUUUAGUAGCACGCGGUUAGAUUGUCUUCUGAUUUCCCAGCAUGCCGCAUUUCGUCUGUAUCGCCAAUUUACAUGUUUGGCACUGUGCUUCCACCAAAGUUGAAAAAGUGCAUCUAUUAAAGUCUUCAUUAAGAAUAA